AUGACCGCCACUGGUCUGCUGUCGAAAUUGACAGUGGGGGCGGUCGGAUUGCUCUGCAAAACAUUUCUGAAAAUUGGCUACUGCUCUUCUGUCACCGUCAACGGUAUCGAGAAUCUGCUCGCAGCGUUGCAGAGCGAGGAGAGGAACCAGGGUAGGGGAGUGGUGACAAUCUCCAACCAUAUCUCCACGUUAGACGAGCCCGUCGUCUGGGGUAUCCUUCCCGCACGAUGUUACUUCAAUUCGAGGAUGACCCGAUGGACUCUCGGGGCAUCGGAUAUCAUGUUCACGAACCCUGCGUUCUCGUCCUUCUUCCGGAACGGUCAGGUACUUGAAACCUUCCGUGGAAGCGGGAUAUUCCAGCCUGCCGUCGAUACCGCGGCCAAGAAGCUCAAUGAGGGCGAGUGGGUCCACCUCUUCGGCGAAGGUAAAGUCAACCAGCCUGUCAUUGAUGGCUUGCCGCACCUCCUCAGAUUUAAGUGGGGCGUUGGUCGAAUAUUGAUGGAGGCGGUCAUACCUCCGGUAAUCAUUCCAAUGUGGCUCGAAGGUUUCGACAAGCUAAUGCCUGAAGGCCGUCCCUCCCCGCUCAAGUUUUUUCCACGACCGGGGGCGGAUCUCAGCAUCACAUUCGGCAAGCCCAUUGACGACGACGAGAUUCGUACUGCACUGGGAUCCCUUGUUCGCCACCAUCAGACCCCUGUAGUCCCCAAGAGCUCCCACGGCGGGAUGGCUGAUCCUGGUCGGCCCCAAGAGGAGCAGAAGAGUGCUGAAGUCGCCUCGCAUGCAUGGCUGGGAGAUGCUGCGUUCCGGACGGAUCGCCAGAAAAUCACUGAGGCAGCGUUGCAAAUCGCGAGCGUUCGCAGUGCCAUCACGACUCUCGUGCAACGCAAUGUGGAGGCGUUGGGACAAGAGGUAAUGGCGCGGCGUAAGUACUACUAA